AUGGCGAGCGAAGGCGCUUCUAACGGCCAAGGGAAAAGCUUCCGCCCCUACGGGACAGAGCCGCCGAGUUCAGCCGCGGUGCCCAUGCUGCCGGCUCUGGAGGUGUCGGAGGAGCCGGAGAAAGCGGCAGCGGCGGCGGCGCUCAAAGGGAAAAACAAGGAUCCUUCUUACAAAGUCCUCUCCCUGACAGUCUCAAAAAACACCACACUAUACUGCAUGAGCACUAUGAUGUCAUCUUUCCAGAGCUGUAGCAAUAAACAUUUGGUAUUAUGCGUCAUUGUGCUUACAAUUAUCUUAGGAUGUAUAUUUGGACUGAAGCCUAGCUGUACAAGAGAUGUGAAAACCUGCAAGGGUCGUUGCUAUGAAAGAACAUUUGGAACAUGCCGCUGUGACAAGGACUGUAUUGAACUUGGAAACUGCUGUUUAGAUUUUCAGGAAGCUUGUACAGAACCUGUUCAGAUAUGGACCUGCACCAAAUUUAGAUGUGGUGAGAAGAACCGGCCAGAGUAUCAUUGUUCCUGCUCUGAUGAUUGUGUGAAAAAUAAUAAUUGUUGCGCCAAUUACUACUCUGUUUGCGAAG